CCAGGUGUUUGGGUCCCUGGAGACGCCGCCGGCCCCCAGGGAGGCAGUGGGGCUGAGGACCCUACAGACCCCUCUUCAGCCCCGUGGUGAUGACUUUCCUCUGAGGAAGCCCUGUAGCGUGCCUGGAGGAAGGGGCUCUCCAACCCCAGCCCCACCUAGCCACCAUGAACACUUCAGCCCCACCUGCUGUCAGCCCCAACAUCACCGUCCUGGCACCAGGAAAGGGUCCCUGGCAAGUGGCCUUCAUUGGGAUCACCACGGGCCUUCUGUCGCUAGCCACAGUGACAGGCAACCUGCUGGUACUCAUCUCUUUCAAGGUCAACACGGAGCUCAAGACAGUCAAUAACUACUUCCUGCUGAGCCUGGCCUGUGCUGACCUCAUCAUCGGUACCUUCUCCAUGAACCUCUAUACCACGUACCUGCUCAUGGGCCACUGGGCUCUGGGCACGCUGGCUUGUGACCUCUGGCUGGCCCUGGACUAUGUGGCCAGCAAUGCCUCCGUCAUGAAUCUGCUGCUCAUCAGCUUUGACCGCUACUUCUCCGUGACUCGGCCCCUGAGCUACCGUGCCAAGCGCACACCCCGCCGGGCAGCUCUGAUGAUCGGCCUGGCCUGGCUGGUUUCCUUUGUGCUCUGGGCCCCAGCCAUCCUCUUCUGGCAGUACCUGGUAGGGGAGCGGACAGUGCUAGCUGGGCAGUGCUACAUCCAGUUCCUCUCCCAGCCCAUCAUCACCUUUGGCACAGCCAUGGCUGCCUUCUACCUCCCUGUCACAGUCAUGUGCACGCUCUACUGGCGCAUCUACCGGGAGACAGAGAACCGAGCACGGGAGCUGGCAGCCCUUCAGGGCUCCGAGACGCCAGGCAAAGGGGGUGGCAGCAGCAGCAGCUCAGAGAGGUCUCAGCCAGGGGCUGAGGGCUCACCAGAGACUCCUCCAGGCCGCUGCUGUCGCUGCUGCCGGGCCCCCAGGCUGCUGCAGGCCUACAGCUGGAAGGAAGAAGAGGAAGAGGACGAAGGCUCCAUGGAGUCCCUCACAUCCUCAGAGGGAGAGGAGCCUGGCUCCGAAGUGGUGAUCAAGAUGCCAAUGGUGGACCCCGAGGCACAGGCCCCCACCAAGCAGCCCCCACGGAGCUCCCCAAAUACAGUCAAGAGGCCGACUAAGAAAGGGCGUGAUCGAGCUGGCAAGGGCCAGAAGCCCCGUGGAAAGGAGCAGCUGGCCAAGCGGAAGACCUUCUCGUUGGUCAAGGAGAAGAAGGCGGCUCGGACCCUGAGUGCCAUCCUCCUGGCCUUCAUCCUCACCUGGACACCGUACAACAUCAUGGUGCUGGUGUCCACCUUCUGCAAGGACUGUGUUCCCGAGACCCUGUGGGAGCUGGGCUACUGGCUGUGCUACGUCAACAGCACCAUCAACCCCAUGUGCUACGCACUCUGCAACAAAGCCUUCCGGGACACCUUUCGCCUGCUGCUGCUUUGCCGCUGGGACAAGAGACGCUGGCGCAAGAUCCCCAAGCGCCCUGGCUCCGUGCACCGCACUCCCUCCCGCCAAUGCUGAUGGUCCCCUCUCCUGCAUCCCUCCACCCCAGUCCCCGGGAAAGGCCGGUGGGAAGAGGGCAGGGGCUGCAUCCUCAGCCCCAGGGCCCUGCUCAGGCCUCACCUGGCUUCCCAGGACCCUGGGUCACCUUCCUGGGCAGCCCAGAGAGACCCUGCCAACUUUCCAGACUUCGCUAUUCCCAGGCAGGGAGGGAAACCCGGGGAACUGGUUUUUCUGUUCCCUGCUGGGUGGGAAUGCGCUCUUCACCAGGAAGAAGGCCCGGGAGGAGGAUCCGGGCUUUGGACUCCUUGUUUGCCUUUAGGCAGGAAGUCAGGAGCCAGCAGGGCGGGCCAGGAGAAAGAAGGCUUAACAUUAAGUAUUCCUUGGCCCAGCAGCGGCCCAGAUUGCGGUGUGAGAUGGUGCCCCCUGGGGGGCACAGCCAGAAACUGAACUGGCCGCUGGGAGAAAAGCCAGAUGACAGGGAGCUGGGGAAUCCCCUCGCUUCAUAGGCAGGCCCGCCCACCUGGGCCCUAGGCAUACUCUCCAGGAUUGUCCACAAAUGUCCUCAGAGGGUCCCUAGGUGGGUCAACUCCAAGGCAAAUGUCCAAGCAUCAGCAAGACAAUGACACUGGAAGGGUCCGGCUUGGCUAGUCACAUAUCAAGUCCCGAGGCAGCAACAGGACCAGGAGCCAGGUGUCCUGACUGUCCUACAAUAUCAUUUUCCUGGGAGUGGGAGUCAAGUGUGCCUGCUAUCCAGCCGCAAAUCCAUACCCCCUGCCCCAGAGAAGCCUCAGUCCCUCCCUCCUGGCUCACAGCCACCACCUGGAUGGAUCUGCUCCAUGCAGAUCUAGCCAGGCCUCCCGCAUGCUGCCUGCCUCCGGCCCUGCCCCACACAGGCCUGGCCCAGCCAGCAGGUUCUCUCCUGUGAGCUCCCCAAUCCAACCCAUGCAUGGCCUCCCAGCCACCCGGAUCUCCAGGCCCAGCCUGGCCCCAAAUGUUCUUUCCUUUCAUCCUCAGCAAGUGCUGAGUCUGUGAAUAAAGCCACAUAACCAGCGGGCACUAAGGGGCCUUCCUAACUGUGUUGGCUCAAGGCCUUGGUCUCAGGCCAGGGCUGGAUGGGGCAGGGAGGGCCCAAGUACUUUGGAAUGUGGGCCGUGGCCGUGAAAGUGGUUCUAGGAGGGCCAGCACUGCAUGGUUGGAUCUACUAAAGCCUGGGGACCCCAGCACCGUGGAGUCCCUGGCUCAGGUGAGUGGGGCUAUAAAAGGCAGACCUGACCUCUGGAAGUGAGGCAGCUAGGUGAAAUAAACCAACCCUGCCCACAUCCCUGCAUAUUCUCUAUUGGCUCUGCCAUACCCAGGGAGAACAGAACUCUUCCAAACCCCCAUUUACACAUGAGGAGAUAAGGCCCAGAGAUCCAGGAGGAUUGUUCAGGGUUACCCCACAGAGCAACACCCAGACUUCCAGGCAAUUCAUAACCUCCUGACCUCUGGACUGAGUAGAUGACAGCCUAAAGUAUUUAGGCCAAAACACUCCAUCAGGAUGACCCUCAGGUCAGGUUAUAAGGCACUUCUUUGGUGAAGGGUCCCCAAAGCCCAACGCAAAGGAAUUCUAGAGAGGUUAAUCCCGUAGCCUGGAAUAGUGGUUUCCAAGACGAUCAUUGGGUUCAGUGAUUUGCUAGAACGAUGCAUAGAACUCAGCAAAGUUAUUAUCCUCACACUUUAUUACAGUGAAAGAACAUAGAGCAUAAAACAGCAACAGCAAAAGGUGCAAAGAGCAGAGACCAGGAGAGACCAGAUACAAACUUCCAGCUGUCCUCUCCCAGUGGAGUCGUGCAGAGAGUGCCCAAUCUUCCAAGCAAUGAUGUAUGACAAAAAAAAUGAAGUACUGCCAACCAAGAAAGCUCACCAGA